AUGAGCUACCCAUACUACUCUCCGCCGCCACCUCCUCCGUCGACUCCGGUAUGUAACACCACUGCUCCUCCACCACCGCCACCGCCGGCCCCGCCUUCAAGCCACCAUCACAAACCACCACAAGGCCACCACCAUCACCAUCACCACCACAAGCCACCGCCUCCACCCACCCAUCACCACCACCAUCUAUAUGGACCGCCACCGCAAUCACCGGCAGGGACUCCACUUUCACCACCGACUUAUGUGACUCCACCACCAAAGGGCGGUGCUCCACCUUCGUCUCCUGGUGGCGGUGCACCUCCGCCUAAGGGGUUUUACCCACCAAGUCCUAGCAAGGGCAUUCCAAGUUCACCAAAGGCAUGGCCUCCCAAAGCUUAUCCCCCAAGCCCUAUCAAGGGCACUCCAAGUUCACCACCAAAGGGCGGCGCUCCACAUCCGACUCCAAGUGGCAGUGCACCUCCAUCUAAGGGGGUUUACCCACCAAGUCCGAGCAAGGGCACUCCAAGUUCACCACCAAAGGCAUCGCCUCCCAAAGCUUAUCCCCCAAGCCCUGGCAAGGGCACUCCAAGCUCGCCACCAAAGGCAUCACCUCCCAAGUGGGCCUACCCACCAAGCCCUACCAAGGGCACUCCAAGUUCGCCACCAAAGGCAUCACCUCCUUAUUCUAAGCACCCACCCCCAACACCAGCCCCUAAACUACCUCCCUCAUACCUUGCACCACCCCCCAAAGAUGUCCAUUCGCCACCUAUUUACGGUGCUCCGCCUCCAUCGCUCCCACCAUCAUCGAACAUCAAUGCACCCCCCGGUGGUGGUGGCCACCACACGACCGUUAUUGCUGUAUGUGUAUCAUUAGGCGGUCUCUUCGUGCUGGCAUUCCUCGCAGUUGGUCUCUUUUGCGUGGCCAAGAGGAGAAAGAAGCCGGUCAUGGUUCCGGGACCAGCUCCUUGUGUAGAAGUGGAGGAGCAUGAGAUGAUCCACGAGAGAAUAACCACAGGGCCAUGCGGCGAGCAAAAUGUGACCGUUGACAUCGAAGAUGACGUGAUAAUUCACAGUGGUGCCAUCGGUGGAGCAGCAGCUGGUGCUUGUCACAGCAGCACCAUCGGCCCUCCAUGCGAACCAAUUUAUCCUCCGGGACAUCACCGUCCCUGCUGA